CUCGCCUUUGAUCUGCUCCAUAACCAACCUACAUAACAACAGGCACGUCAUUUCCCCAGUGCGCGGAGGGGAGGGGAGUUUAUUGAGGGAAGCUGAUCAAAGUUUGUUGGCCUCCUGAGAGCUUCGACACAGCAGUCGCAGCAGACAGAGGCAAAGCAACGUCCACGGAACCUUUUUGGGGGAAGCAAUAGUUCAGACUCUCUUUCAGUCUCUCUCAUUGCUCGAGCGACUGCCGGAAUGGAACACCUGUUGCUGUGCUGUGAAGUGGAGACCAUCCGGAGAGCUUACCAAGACUCGAACCUGCUCAACGACAGAGUUCUGCAGACCAUGCUAAAAGCGGAAGACAAUUAUCUCCCCGCAACGAACUACUUCAAAUGUGUACAGAAAGAGAUUGUACCCUGCAUGAGGAGAAUUGUUGCUACGUGGAUGCUGGAGGUCUGUGAGGAACAGAAAUGCGAAGAGGAGGUUUUUCCCCUAGCUAUGAAUUUUUUAGACAGAUAUUUGUCUGUUGAACCCACAAAGAAGACUCGACUACAGUUAUUGGGCGCUACAUGCAUGUUUCUGGCGUCUAAAAUGAAGGAGACCAUUCCUCUAACAGCUGUGAAGUUGUGCAUAUACACAGACAAUUCCAUCCGGACGGGCGAGUUGCUGCAAAUGGAACUACUGGUAUUGAACAAGCUGAAAUGGGAUCUAGCCUCAGUUACUCCGCACGAUUUCAUAGACCACUUCCUCUCCAAGCUACCCAUCCAUCAGGACACCAAGCAAAUCCUGUGCAAGCAUGCCCAGACCUUUGUGGCUCUCUGUGCUACAGAUGUCAAAUUCAUUGCCAACCCUCCGUCAAUGAUCGCAGCGGGCAGUGUGGCGGCUGCUGUCCAGGGGCUGAAUCUGAAGAGCAUGGACGAUGCACUGUCAUCCCAGCAACUCACUGACUUCCUGUCUCAAGUCAUCAGAAGUGACCCGGAUUGUCUACGGGCAUGUCAAGAACAGAUCGAGUCCUUAUUGGAGACCAGUCUCCGUCAGGCACAACAACACACUGUUUCCAUUGACACCAAGAGCAUGGAUGAGGAGGUCGACCUGUCGUGCACGCCAACGGACGUUAGAGAUGUGAACAUCUGAGUUGGACAGCCUUUUCUGGUGCUCACUAAGCAGAAGCCAUGGAUGGAGGAUAGGGCUUCGUGGAUAGAAGAGAACGCGCUGAUUGACACUGUCUCAGCAGCACCGCUCCCACUGACUGCGCUCUCACCUACUCGCACACCUGUGCUCGUAGCAUAGGGUCUGGCCUGAACAUCCUGUCUGGCUCCUAACAGGUGUUGUAAGGGAUCAGCCCGGGCUUCAUGCGUACACUUGCUCUCUGUCCCCUCACUGGUUUGAGGCAGCAUCAAUUGGGCAUGGUUCCCAUUAUGUAUUUUAGACGAAACAAACUUGAAUAAGAAAAAAAAGAAAUGUAGUGCUGUAUGUACAACAGAAUAGACAACUAGAGAAUAAUGAACUAGGUAUUUUUGUUGUUGUUUGGACAGAUUGAGCAUGAUACACCUGCAAUUUCUCACGUAAAAAAAGCUAGUCCUGAGUUGUUUGAUGACAUAGGCGUUUUAUGGUAUGGUAAACCUAAUUUCUAAUGGAGGGGCGUUUUUGUUGUCCCUGGUUAGUUUGGUGUGGCCAUGCUUGCCUCAACAUUUAACCAACUUUGAGAUAUUGUUUUGAAAAUCAGUCUUCUAAUCUCCUCUUCUUUUUUUUAAUGGAGAAUGUAACCGUACAAUGUUAAUUUGUUUAGCGUACUUAAGGCCUCUCUAUUCAAUCCAUAUCGCGGAAGUUCAGUGUUACGACAGGAUUGAAAUUGAAAGGCAAUGUUCCCGCGACUGCAUUAACUGUAAACUCUGCGUAUGUCGGCUUAAUCGGAAAUGACCUUUACAUCUUCGAUCGCGCAAUCUGUAACGCUUCAGCGAUACUCAUUGAAUAGAGCCUUUUAUUCAAUUGUCAUCAGAGGUCUGUGGAUUACCUAGGCCUCUGUCCUAACUGCUAACACACUGCUUUCCGGGAGACAGCAAGCUAACCAGUGAAGUACAGCUACUUCAAAAUAUCUGCCGGACGUCUAGAUCACAUUAUACUGAAUGCUUGCAACAUUGCAUUCUGCGACAGAAUAAUUAGCUAGCUGUCCUGUAUGUUCUCUCUAUGUAAGCUAACGUAGUCCACAGUCUUUAUCGAAUUGUAAUUCUCUCUCUCUUACUAUCUAAAAACCAUUCCAUCAAAAAAAAGCACUUUGGGUCAAUAACUCCUUACUGCCUAUUUUGAGAAAAACCAUGUGGGACAUGACGUAACAUAAUGGAAUGGUUUGGGAACAACGUCAGCUUCUGGGAUGAAGAGUGUUUCUAAACAUGGUGUUAUGUGGGAAUGGCAGGACAUAUUAGAAUGUUUUGGGCAAAUCUAAUCUAUUUGUCUAGCUAAAAUACCUGGACCCCAUCUUUCCGACAUCUUAGUAGUAAAGACAGUGAAACAUUGUGGUCCCAUCCACGCAAGAAGGCACCUAUCUACCUAUUCUCCUCAUGACAGUUGAUAACAGACUUUUUCUAACAGCUUGAAUUGCAUCUGAGGCUUGUAAUUUGUAGUUACACUAAGAACUAUUUAUUGCAGAGUAUUCUCUUUUCAAGGCCAGUGUGGAUCAUGAUGACAGAAGCUAUUUCAUAUAUGUAAAUAUUUCAAAACAUUCAAUUCAGAGUUGCAAAUACAUUUUUUUUUACAAAUAUGUGUAAUUUCAUCCAAUCAAAACACAACAUUUUGGCCCCAUUUUGGCCCUACUUUGAAGUAAAAGUACACUCAAAGUAUUGCUUUGAAAUCA